ACCAGUGCUGACAAAGGAGGUUGAAGGAGUGCGUGCUCGUGGUCGUGCACACGCUCUUGCUCGUGCUCGUGCUCGUGGCAUCGUUCGAAGCAGAAGCGGAGCUGAGACUGCGCGACGGACCAGAACACCGACUUCUUUCCAGUCUACACCACUCCAAGUCAAAGGUGUUGGAAGCACUACCAUGGCCGGUCGGAAAGACAACAGUGGCCCGUCGGAACCGAUCGGCCUGAAGGGCGUGUUCGUUCCUUCGCCGACGGCGAGCAAGAGGAGCUCCCGAAGCGCCUCUGCUGCCGCAGCGAGGACCAACAGGCCGGAGGCAGCCCCUCUGCGCAGCAUUACCGAGGGCAGGCCCGCCCUGGAGUCUCGGCGGCCGUCGUCGGCGAUUGCACUGUCGCCUCCGAGCGAUGGUGGCCGGUCCCCGCUUCCGGCGAGCCAGGAUCGGCCUGCUCUGGCAGGGCGGCUCUUAAAACAGAAACACGAUCAAGCACCGUUGGACACUUCAAAGACUGCCAAUAACCUGGCUACGCCGCCGGAACGCGAGAAGGGCAUUCCACGGUCAUCGAAAAGCAGCAAAGGCACACAAGGCUUUACAAAGGGCGCAACGGGGUCCGUAAAGAGUGGCAAGGACACACCAGGAUCUGUAAAGAGCAAGAACUUGCCACGGUCCAUAAAGAGCAAGGCAUCGCCAGGGUCUGUAAAGGACAGCAAGGACGCACCAGGGUCCGUAAAGGGGAGCAAGGGCGUAUUAGAUUCCAUGAAGGGCGUGAAGGGCUGCAACUACGAACCAGACUCCAGAAUGGGCACUAAGAGAACAGGGCAGUCACCUAAAAGCGAGAAGGGCGCGACGCGCUCGAGCGGUAAGGAGAAUCUCACGGUAGCCGAAGAGCAUCAGGUCUCGAUUUUGGAAGCUAUCAAAGAGGCCUUAUUCUCUCCAUCCGAGCCGACAUCGCAUCCACCCGCCCCACCCGAUCGGACCAACCUUUACGCCAUCGCAGUGCUGGUGUUCGUGGUGGUCGUCGCGCUGCUAGUCAUGAUGCUCCUCCUGCCAGGCUCGAAGAAACGCACGGGCAAAGCCACGACGGCGACUUGUCGGUCGGACCACUGUGAGCACAUCGGCAAGCUGCUGCUCGACAGCGUCUCGCCGGACGUGGACCCAUGCGACAACUUCUACCAGCACGUCUGCGGAGGAUGGAAGUAUGCGGGAAGCCAAGGUGACGUACUCUUCCAAAAGCUUAUCGACGAGGUCACCGACCUGAUCCGGACCAUGCACGUGCCACCGGCGGGACAGCUGUCCUUUCAAAAGGCCGCGCUAGCCUACCAGGCGUGCGAGGACAUCAUCACCAAGAACAACACCAACCUCACCACCCUCGUGCGUAUCCUCAAGGAGGCCGGCCUGUACUCGCCCCCCGGCUGGACGGGGCCCGUCGACGCCCUGAACGUGACCUUCUUCCUGCACUUCAGGUGGCGCAUCGCCGCUCCAAUAAAGUUCACGUACGCUCGCCCCGCGCCCCGGGGCAUCACUCUGCGGAUGGCACCCAGCGACUACCUGACGACCUAUGCCCGUAGGAGACAGAAACCUGGCUUCUACGAUGGCCUCAAAAACGACUACGAGGUGUUUCAAAGAACGUUCGAGCCAAACAUGCUUCCCACUCUGACGUACGACGCCUGGCAGACGAUCGACCAGAACGUCAUUGCGGGUUUGGCGGAAAUACUUAAAAAACUGAACUCGGUGAACGAAUUUGCCGGCUGGAACGAGACUACCAUCCAGGACGCGAUUCACGGCGUCUCACGGCAACAGUGGACGAACAUUCUCAACACGUACUUGAAACGCAGCGACGCGCUUAGGUUUUACGUGGACUCCGUGUUCCUAUUUAAGAAAUUUAUGGAGCUGCCGAAUCAAAUAGGCGCCACGGAGGCUCAAGCCUAUUUUAGGUGGUACAUAGCUGAAAUGCUGACGAGGAGAGUGUACGCGCCCUGGAUAUUUAGAGAGUUCCCAACGUACCAAGACGCGCUCAAGCACUAUAGCCACUUCUGCUUCGUCAUCGUACAGCAGACGGCCGGAUACGCCCUUUUCGCGUCUUACGUCUCGAAGACGUUCACCGCAGACGUGAAAAACGACAUUAGGCAACUCGCGAAAAUUAUCCGUGGAGCCUACGACCACGUGUUCGCCCGCAGCCUCGGCAUGCACUCGAACGUCGACAAGUUACCUUCCUACACCAAAGGUACCGGACGCCUGUUCGACCUUCUGUCGCUUUCAGGUGAGAACUACCUCGAGGAGAGCUACGCCCUCUACGACGACAUGACCUGGGAUACGCUCGAGAAUUGGAAGCGGCUCAUGAUCGGUCGGAGCAAGUCCCUCUGGACUCGCGUGUCGAUGGGAAUGGCCCGCGCACUUCCGUCGGACCUACUGUACUACGAAAUCGACGGCGUAUCCAACGACAUCAUUCUCCGGCCAGACGUGGCCGUCUUGCCGGGCUAUGACAGCGACGCGCCGCUGCUGCUCAAACUCGCCAGCCUGGGCUCACUCAUGGCGUCUGCCAUGGCCAAGGUGCUGUACGGUACGCUGGAAACAACGGCGCGUUGGCACGCCUCCGCCGAGUGCAUCUUCAGCAUGCAGCAGCGCACAAAUGCCACGGAGUCGCGCGGCAAGAUUGUCAUUCUGCAGCGGGUAAUCGCCCUAGCGGUCACCCUCCUUGCGGCCGUUACGGGGCCGAAAAUCGACGAACAUUUGACGAUCCCCGGCGUUCCCGACCUUUCCGACAUGCAGCUCCUGUUCACCGUUUGGUGCUACCAGCAGUGCGGCGAGAGAGAAGGCGAGCGCCUGUGCAACGAACCUCUCAAAGAAGUGGGCCUGUUUGCGCACGCUUUUCAGUGCGAAGCUCAUACGACGAUGAGGAGAGAACACGCCUGCACGGUGGCGUGGUUUGAACCGCUGACCCAAAACAGCACUACGCCGGAAGCAGCCGCGGAGGCAGAUGCGAGCGUGCAAACCGAACACAGCAAUCAGUCGGCAGUUGCCACGCAGCAGGGAGAUAACCAUGUAACCGACGCAAGACAAUUGCAGCGCUAGCUUAUUUUUGUGCGCGACAUAACGAAUCCAAGUCGAUUUUUCCCCCUUUUGUACAGCAUUUCGCCCUAUAAUUAAUAGAAACAGAAAAGUUUCAUUUUUGCUUUCGUUGCAGUGGUUGCCCAUGUGCCAUGUUUUACAGAAUGUUUCUCGCGGCUAGAAGUGCUUUUCGUAUAUAGUUAGCGCUGACGCGUUCUGCAGCACCUGGAGUGGCAUACGAGGGUGUGUACGUGCAACGAACAACUCCUAAUUUAGAACGUUACUGAACCAAAGCUCGGCUCGCAGGGUAUACGGAUUUGCGAAUAUUGUGGUUGCGUUGCUGUAAUACAAGUGCGACAAUUUAAACGUCAAUUGAAAUAUAUGUGCUUUUUACUUCA